UUUCAGCUGAAAAAUUAUCAAAACCUGAAUGUUACUAUUUGUAUCCACUUUACUUCUUUAGAUUUUUUUUUCAUUAAACCUAAGGUCUUUGGUUACCCUAUUAAUGUUAUAUUCCCUUUCUUUCCCCCUUUUUUUCUGUUGAGAAUUUGGUAUACAUUAAGUAAACGCCCUGCUAUUUUUUCCUGCUGUUGUUAUAGUCCUGCUUGCAGUUUACAUUUGUGCUAGUUUGUGCUAAGGAAUAUUUGCACCAAUCUCUGUCUUCGUUUCAAAAAUGUCAUUGCAAGUACAAUACCUGUUAUUGAUACUUCAGAUGCUUGUGUAGUUCGGUAUACUGGACUCUUAGUGCCGCUGUAGGUCAAAGAGUUGCAGACUGCGGAUUUAUUAUUUUUUUCAGAACCACCCCCUUCACUCAGACGCGUACACAGAGAAAGAGAGAUGAACAGAGCACAGCGAGGUAAAAGCAAAAUCGAACUACCAAAAUUACUACCUUUGAUCUUCGUACUUGUUGUCAGUCAGCUGAUGCUUCAGGGACGCCGCAUUUAAUCAUACAUGGUUGGAUUACAUUAUAUUCUUUUUUAUUUUGGAGCAGAAGAAAAUAUCGGACAGAACAAUGGCGCUGCAAGUACUAUUGGUUAUUUGUCUUCUCUUCCUCUCUUCGGUGCACGGACAGGUCAGUUACUCCAUUCCUGAGGAAAUGUCAAAAGGUUCUUUAGUCGGUAACAUUGCUCAAGAUUUGGGCUUAGAUGUAAAAAGACUGAAAUCAGGUAAAGCUCGCAUUUUUACUGGGGACAACACUGAAUACAUCGAGCUGAAUGUAGAAAAGGGAAUGUUGAUUAUCAAAGAGAGAAUAGACCGAGAGACUCUGUGCGGGCAGACGACGCCUUGUGCACUGCAUUUUCAGAUUAUUCUUGAAAAUCCAAUGGAAUUUUACAGUGUUACCGUCGAGGUUCAGGAUGUAAACGACAACUCACCCUUAUUCAAAAGAACGGAAAUGAAUUUCAGAAUUAGUGAGUCAGCUGUAUCUGGGGCAAAAUUUGUUUUAGAAAGAGCAAUGGACCCGGAUGUUGGAUUAAAUAGUCUUCAAAGUUAUUCCCUGAAUCCCACAGACAAUUUUUCUCUGAAACUGCAAAAUCAACUAGAUGGAAGCAAAAUUGUCCAAAUGGUUCUUCACAAACCUCUUGAUCGUGAAAAGCAAGAGCAGUUCUCUUUAGUCCUGAUUGCUGUAGAUGGCGGCGAUCCGCCUUUAUCUGGCACUGCACAGAUACGCAUCACAGUGUUAGAUGCCAAUGACAAUGCGCCUAUUUUUACACAAGAAGUGUAUAAAGCAACCAUUACAGAGAAUUCCCCAAAAGGCACGGUGAUUACGCAAGUGAGCGCCUCAGACGCCGACAAAGGCUCUAAUGGUAAAAUAAGAUAUUCAAUAACAAACACACUCGAAAUUUUCCCCGUAUUGUUUGAAAUUAAUGAGACAAGUGGUGAGGUUAAAGUGUCUGGAAAUCUAGAUUAUGAAAAGUCUCGUCACCAUCAAAUUCACGUGCAAGCAACUGAUGACGGUGGUUUAACCGAUUCGUGUAAAGUUAAUGUAGAUGUUGCCGAUAUAAAUGAUAAUACGCCAGUUAUUAAUAUAAUGUCUAAACUCAAUACCAUAUCUGAAGACUCAAAAUCGGACACUGUUGUGACAAUGAUAAACGUCCAGGACCCAGACUUUGGUGAAAAUGGUGAGGUCCGCUGUUUCCUGAACCCAAAUAUACCAUUUACCCUAAAAUCAACAGCGAGCAAUUUCUUCACUUUGGUGACCGAGAGUAAUUUAGAUCGAGAAACUAUGUCUGAGUAUAACAUCGUCGUGGUGUGCGCUGAUGAAGGAACUCCCUCCCUCUCCAGCAGCGUCACUCUCUCUUUACAGAUAUCGGAUAUCAAUGACAACGCACCUGUCUUUGAGAAGAACUCAUAUGAGGCCUCCAUUUUAGAAAACAAUUCACCAGGCCUCUCCAUAUUCACAGUCAAAGCCAGAGACGCAGACUCGAAACAGAAUGCCCGUGUUUCUUACAUACUGGAGGAGUCUUCGGUUAACGGAGUGCCCAUUUCCUCUUACGUGUCAGUCAGUGCUGAUAGUGGUGUUAUUCAUGCAGUGCGAUCUUUUGAUUACGAGCAAAUUAAACAUUUUAAUUUCCGUGUCAAAGCGCAGGAUGGAGGCAACCCGCCACUCAGUAGAAAUGUAAGUGUAAAAAUUAUUAUUCAGGACCAGAAUGACAACGCACCUCAGAUUCUGUAUCCAGUACAAACUGGUGGCUCUGUGGUGGCGGAAAUGGUGCCUCGUUCAGCAGAUGUGGGCUAUCUUGUCACGAAAGUGGUGGCUGUGGAUGUGGACUCUGGACAGAAUGCCUGGCUCUCAUAUAAACUGCAGAAAGCGACAGACAGGGCGCUGUUUGAAGUGGGCUUACAGGAUGGAGAAAUAAGAACUGUACGCCAAGUCACCGAUAAAGAUGCUGUGAAACAGAAGCUCACUGUUGUAGUGGAGGACAACGGACAGCCCUCUCGUUCAGCUACAGUCAAUGUUAACGUGGCGGUGGCGGACACUUUCCCUGAAGUGCUCUCCGAGUUCAUUGACUUUACGCACGACAAGGAAUACAACGAAAACCUGACAUUUUAUCUAGUCUUGGCAUUGGCUGUAGUUUCUUUUCUCUUCAUCGUGUCCAUCAUAACUAUACUGUCAGUGAAAUGCUACAGAUGGAGACGUGAGCGGAUGUUUUAUAAAUCCGGUGUCAAUCUGCCAGUUAUUCCGUAUUAUCCACCUCUUUACGCAGACGUGGGUGGAACAGGAACUUUACAGCAUAUGUACAAUUAUGAAGCUUACAGAACCACUGACUCUAGAAGAAGUGAUUUGAAAUACGCCGGGACGUCUGAACAGGAUGUCAUUAGUCUGGACAACAACGGAACACAAACACUGACUCAUGCACAGAUGGAGAAACUAGCCAAUUUUGGUGAUCAGGUGAGAUUUCUAAAGUACUUUGGAGUCAGCUCUCAUGAAAUAAUUAUAAUGUCAGUAAAAGUAUCCAAGUUGUCUAAAUGUCUAGUAGUAUUAACUUAAAGUGACCAAAUAU